AUGUGGUUCAUUGGGAUAAUUGGGAGGUCACCAUUAUUAUUUGUGUUCGCUCUGGUGUACACUCGCGUGAGGCUGAUGCGGCAGACGCUGCAGAGCAACGACUUCGACUGCAGAAUCCUAGGCCAGCAUCAUCCGCGCCGGUACAUACAGAUGUAUGAGGCGAUCAUGGACGGGCUGGAGGCAAUCGACGGCACUGUGAAGCUGCAGAUGUUUAGUUAUUUGGAUUUUUAUUGGUUCAUGUUAGAGGUUAUGGUGGGUUUGUCGCCGCUGAUCCUGUCAGCUGUACUGGCAGACCUGGUGUCAAUGGAGACGAAGAAGAUGUUGGUCAUCGCUUUGGAGAGGCGCAUCGCUUGUAAAAACGAGCGAGACCGCGAGGAGAUCCAGAAGCUGUUCCUGUUCCUGAAACGCAACCCGUUCCAGUACAGCUUGUGGCGCGUGGUGCCGCUCAACGUGCGCAGUCUGCUGUCUUUCUUCUCCUUCACUGUCACUACCAUUAUCGCCAUUUUGCAAAUUCAAUCCUGGAAUGCAUAA